UCUACUCAUCACAAACAUUCUUCUCUACAGUGAACUGAACUUCAUUUUCUAGGUUUUGAUUCCGGUUUACGAUGGCGAUGAGAUCACCGAAAGAACAUAUAGAAGAUAUAAGGAAAGGGAAGUUUUCAAUAGGAGCUAAGGAACCUAAUCUUUUGACUGAGGAUCUUCACCAAGCAGUCAAGAAUUGCAAUGUUGGGUACAUAGUCCCUCAAUGGGUGGAGGAGCACCCCACAGUGGCUGAAAUACAACAAAUCUAUGGGUCCGAAAGGUCUCUUCCGACCACAAUCAUUGUUUUACCUCUGAAGUCCGAUAAAGUUCAUCCUGUAAAGCAGCAAUUAUCGAACAUACACCCGGAAGUAUUGUUGUUCCUUUCUAAAAUCAAAAGGCUUUCAGUUAGAGAAGCUAACCAAGAUCCCAAGCUCAAUACAUUGUGCGAGGUCUCAAUAUCCAGUGAGACGGAAUUUGUUUCUAGGAAAAAUGUUAGUGCUGAGUCGUACACUCUUCAUCUCUCAGCCGAGGAAAAUAGUACUUCAUCUGAAGGAGAAUGUAGUUACUAUAUGUGGAGGCAAAGAUUUCCUGUAAAACAGGAAAACAAAGUGGAAAGGAGAAUGGAAGUAGAGGAGUGGUUCACUUUGGCACUUCCAAUUGGGCAACGUCUGAAUAGAGGGAUGAGUUCACCCUGCAUCUAUGCAUUUUUGCCAACUGAUAUGGUUACAAGUUUUGCCUUCAUUAUCCAAGCUGAUUUUGUUUUAGCAUCAUCGAGGGAAACUAUUUUACUGGACAACAAAUGGAACCAGGGUAUUCUUGAUUGUGUACCAUCGGCUUUUAUCAGUGUCUUUAUUUCUCUUAUCAAAUCAUCUGUAGCAGCUCCAGUAUCAACUCUUGCAAAUAUGUUCUCUUUCUUACCGGUAAAUCUUUCUUCAUAUCCACAGUUAAACACGGUAAGAGAUUCGAUUAAAAUGAAACUUAUGGAAGAGAAAAUUUUACCAUCAGAAUCAACGAGCGCACAGAAAUUCUUUUACAAGCCCGCUGAAGUUAUUAGAAUUCUACCUGCUUUCUGGAAUAUUUUGUUGAAGGCAGAAAAGCAAGGUGUGAGCUUACAUAAUUUUUCAACCCGUGGGAAAUAUGUUCUGAGUUCAGCAUUUGAUAACAAUGUGUACGAUGACGUGUUGAACUUUUUGGAAGUUAAAGGAAUGGAAAAUGAAUGGUACGCAAAAUGCAUGCGAGGUUCUAAUCUUGUCCUGCGGGUAUCAGAGGAUUUAUAUAUUGAGAUCCUAUUCUUUCUGUUUCAUCACUGGGGUAUGCAUUUCCAGAAUACAAGAAUCAAGAGAAUACCUCUCUUGAAAUACAUUGGUGAAGACAGGAUUGUGUCUUUAUUGAGCAUAGCUGAUGCAUCAAAGCAGGGCAUGACGAUCUGUUUGUCUAAUGAUUCUCGCUAUAUAUCUUGGCUUAUUGACUGGAAUGGUGAAUUCCGAUGUUCAUUGAAAUAUUAUUUCAUUCCCAGAUCUACUCAAGAGGCUUUGUAGUCAUUUCCUAAGAGGGAGAGAGUAAGGAAUUGGCUAAUUAGUUUGGGAGUAAGUGUUCUUAGCGUCUUUGAGUAU